AUGAUCAACCUCUCACCUAGAAGAUUACGAAGAUAUCAUGCAAUACCAGGAUAUGAAGUCCAAGCCCCUGGAAUAAUUAAGAAAGAAAUUUUAUAUAUCAACUUCUCGUUUAUAUCAGAUUUGGAGAGGGCAGGAGAUAGGCAAGACAUAUCUGAGACCCCAGUAGAGU